GAUCACUAUCAAAAUGAGUCAUGUGACACAAGUGGGCGUGGUUUUUUCUUAACUACAAAUGGACAGAAUCAGGCGAGUGCAAAAGGUGCUUCUUGCCUUUGGCAAAAAACACCUAAUAACGAAAACCAUUCAGCCCCUCCAGACGUUACCACAUACACCUCAGAGCACACCAUACAAGUAGAAAGGCCACAGGGAUCUACGUCACGGGUCACCUCGAAGUACGGCAAUGCUGAACUUAUGGAAACGGGCGAUGGCGUUCCUGUAAGCAGUAGAGUGUCUGCAAAAAUCCAGCAACUUGUCAACACCUUAAAAAGGCCAAAGAGGCCUCCUUUACGAGAAUUCUUUGUAGAUGAUUUUGAGGAAUUAUUGGAAGUGCAACAGCCUGAUCCAAACCAGCCAAAACCAGAAGGAGCACAGAUGUUAGCCAUGAGAGGGGAACAGCUAGGUGUAGUCACUAACUGGCCUCCUUCAUUGGAAGCAGCGCUGCAGAGAUGGGGAACCAUAUCGCCUAAAGCGCCCUGCCUUACCACUAUGGACACAAAUGGAAAACCACUGUACAUUUUAACAUAUGGUAAACUAUGGACCAGAAGUAUGAAAGUUGCCUAUAAUAUACUGCAUAAGCUGGGAACAAAACAAGAGCCAAUGGUCAGGCCUGGAGACAGGGUGGCCCUCGUCUUUCCAAAUAAUGAUCCUGCUGCGUUUAUGGUAGCGUUUUAUGGCUGUCUAUUAGCUGAAGUUGUUCCUGUUCCCAUUGAAGUGCCACUUACAAGGAAGGAUGCUGGAAGCCAGCAGAUUGGCUUCUUGUUAGGAAGCUGUGGAGUUACGGUGGCCUUGACUAGUGAUGCCUGCCAUAAAGGAUUGCCCAAGAGUCCUACUGGGGAAAUACCACAAUUUAAAGGUUGGCCAAAGCUGCUCUGGUUUGUCACAGAAUCGAAACAUCUGUCCAAACCCCCUCGUGAUUGGUUUCCACAUAUCAAAGAUGCAAAUAAUGAUACUGCCUACAUAGAGUACAAAACUUGUAAAGAUGGUAGCGUUCUGGGAGUAACGGUGACAAGAAUUGCACUUCUCACACAUUGCCAAGCACUUACACAAGCUUGUGGAUACACCGAAGCGGAAACCAUUGUGAAUGUGCUGGAUUUCAAGAAAGAUGUGGGAUUGUGGCAUGGAAUUCUUACAAGUGUCAUGAACAUGAUGCACGUCAUCAGUAUCCCGUACUCUCUUAUGAAAGUUAAUCCAUUAUCAUGGAUACAGAAAGUUUGUCAGUACAAAGCAAAAGUUGCAUGUGUCAAGUCAAGGGAUAUGCACUGGGCGUUGGUUGCACAUCGGGAUCAGAGAGACAUCAACCUGUCCUCUUUACGCAUGUUGAUUGUGGCUGAUGGAGCGAAUCCUUGGUCCAUUUCUUCUUGUGACGCUUUCCUCAAUGUCUUCCAAAGUAAAGGCCUGCGGCAAGAAGUCAUUUGUCCUUGUGCCAGUUCACCAGAGGCUCUUACUGUGGCCAUAAGGAGGCCGACUGAUGACAGCAACCAACCUCCGGGCAGGGGGGUGUUAUCGAUGCAAGGACUCACAUAUGGAGUUAUUCGAGUGGACUCGGAAGAAAAACUCUCAGUGCUCACCGUGCAGGAUGUUGGGACAGUGAUGCCUGGUGCUAUUAUGUGCUCGGUGAAACCUGAUGGGAUUCCACAGCUGUGUCGGACGGAUGAGAUAGGGGAACUCUGUGUGUGCGCCCUCGCUACGGGUACAUCCUAUUAUGGUUUAUCCGGUAUGACGAAAAACACAUUCGAGGUUUUUCCAGUGACCAGUUCGGGUGCGCCUAUUAGUGAAUAUCCAUUCAUCAGGACUGGUCUCCUUGGGUUUAUAGGACCAGCUGGGCUGGUCUUCAUUGUUGGGAAAAUGGACGGUCUGAUGGUUGUAAGUGGGCGGAGGCACAAUGCUGAUGACAUAGUAGCAACAGCUUUGGCAGUAGAACCAAUGAAGUUUGUCUACAGAGGAAGGAUAGCAGUGUUUUCUGUGAAUGUCCUACAUGAUGAGAGGAUAGUUAUUGUUGCAGAGCAGCGGCCUGACUCUACGGAGGAGGACAGCUUCCAGUGGAUGAGCAGAGUUCUACAGGCCAUUGACAGUAUCCAUCAAGUUGGAGUUUACUGUUUAGCUCUAGUACCAGCAAACACACUCCCUAAAACUCCUUUAGGUGGCAUUCACCUGUCAGAGACCAAGCAACUGUUCCUUGAGGGGUCACUCCAUCCAUGCAAUGUGCUCAUGUGUCCUCACACAUGUGUAACGAACCUUCCAAAACCAAGACAAAAGCAGCCAGAAAUCGGCCCUGCCUCUGUGAUGGUGGGGAACCUGGUUUCUGGCAAGAGAAUUGCACAAGCCAGCGGAAGGGAUUUGGGACAGAUAGAAGACAAUGAUCAGGCCAGAAAGUUUUUAUUCUUGUCUGAAGUUCUUCAGUGGAGAGCACAAACAACUCCUGAUCAUGUCCUUUAUACUUUGUUAAACUCAAGGGGAACAAUAGCCCACUCUCUGACAUGUAGCCAACUACAUAAACGAGCUGAGAAGAUUGCUGUGAUGCUAAUGGAAAGGGGACAUUUACAAGAUGGAGAUCAUGUGGCUCUUGUGUACCCUCCAGGAAUAGACCUGAUUGCAGCAUUUUAUGGCUGUCUGUAUGCAGGCUGUGUGCCAAUAACUGUGCGACCUCCACAUCCACAGAAUAUUGCAACAACGCUGCCAACGGUGUGAAGAUGAUAGUAGAGGUGAGUCGUUCUGCCUGUUUAAUGACGACACAACUCAUUUGUAAACUCCUAAGGUCAAGAGAGGCAGCAGCAGCCGUAGAUGUUAGAACGUGGCCUCCGAUCCUGGACACUGAUGAUUUGCCAAAGAAAAGACCUUCCCAAAUCUACAAGCCCUCCGACCCAGAAACGUUGGCUUAUCUUGAUUUUAGUGUAUCUACAACUGGAAUGCUUGCAGGGGUAAAGGUAUGUACACCAUGGCAUAGUGCUCGGUCAUAACAGUAAGUGUUUGCAUUGCAGUGUGAACUCUACCCAUCCAGAGAGGUGGCUAUUUGUCUGGAUCCUUACUGUGGAUUGGGCUUUGUCCUGUGGUGCCUCUGUAGCGUAUAUUCAGGACACCAGUCUAUUCUGAUUCCUCCCUCAGAGCUGGAGAUCAAUCCUGCCUUGUGGCUUCUUGCUGUGAGUCAGUACAAAGUCAGAGACACAUUCUGUUCCUACUCUGUAAUGGAACUCUGUACCAAGGGACUUGGCUUGCAGACCGAAUCCUUAAAGGCUAGGGGAUUGGACCUGUCUAGAGUACGGACCUGUGUGGUCGUGGCUGAGGAGCGUCCUCGAAUUUCUCUAACCCAGUCUUUUUCAAAGUUAUUUAAAGACCUGGGUCUCCAUCCAAGGGCCGUUAGCACAUCAUUUGGCUGCAGGGUUAACCUAGCCAUAUGUUUACAGGGAACAUCUGGACCAGAUCCCACAACGGUGUAUGUGGACAUGAGAGCAUUGCGACAUGAUCGAGUCCGACUAGUAGAAAGAGGAUCUCCUCACAGUUUGCCCCUCAUGGAAUCAGGAAAGAUCCUCCCAGGUGUUCGUAUAAUCAUUGCAAAUCCGGAAACAAAGGGACCCCUUGGAGACUCACAUCUCGGGGAGAUUUGGGUUCAUAGUGCACAUAACGCCAGCGGGUACUUUACGAUUUAUGGAGAUGAGUCCCUACAGUCAGACCACUUCAGUUCUCGGCUCAGCUUUGGAGACACACAAACUGUGUGGGCACGGACAGGCUACCUGGGGUUCCUGAGAAGAACAGAGCUAACUGAUGCAAAUGGAGAACGCCAUGAUGCUCUGUAUGUUGUGGGGGCUUUAGAUGAAGCAAUGGAAUUACGAGGGAUGAGAUACCACCCAAUUGAUAUAGAGACAUCUGUGAUCAGAGCCCACAAGAGUGUAACAGAAUGUGCCGUCUUUACUUGGACGAACUUGUUAGUGGUUGUCGUGGAGCUUGAUGGCUCAGAACAGGAAGCCCUGGAUCUUGUACCGCUGGUCACAAAUGUGAUCUUGGAGGAACAUUAUCUUAUCGUAGGCGUGGUUGUAGUGGUGGACAUUGGUGUCAUUCCUAUCAACUCCCGUGGAGAGAAACAACGUAUGCACCUACGAGAUGGGUUUUUGGCAGAUCAGCUGGAUCCCAUAUAUGUGGCCUACAACAUGUAG